AUGACAGAGCGCGCGCUCACUCCGGCCCUCAGCGACCCUUCUAUCGAACCAAAGACCAUGCAGGACGCUGCACUAUCCGUACCGAGUCCGGUAGUUCAAGACGUCAUGUUCUUCACCCUGUUGAACCGCGACGUACGUAUGAGCAUCUACGACUUUCUGUAUGAAUGGCUUCCUCCUCUGCCAUAUAAGAAGCGCUGGCAGAAAGAAGAUGACUGCGGUGGUAUGGUGCUGGCUUGCAAACAGGCUAGCCUGGAACUAUCUGAAGCAGCGGCUCGCCACUUGAAGGUAUUCUUCGAUGAAUUCUCCGACCAGUUUGAGAAAGAGAGUGGGCAUCCUAUCAGCCUAUACGGAAGUAUUCCGCUUCACCAGGGAUGGAAGGCGCUGCAAUCCGUUACGUUCACUUUGGAUAUCAGCUUCUUCGAUGAGGCUCUCGCUGAGAUUACGAUGAUCCCCGAGGAUGAGAAGGAUAAUUGGCGUCGUCAGGAGGUGGGGCAGAAGCUCAUGCUCGACGCCAGUGAAGGCUGGGGUCGCAAAAUCUCCGAAUGGCGCGCACUCCUCUUCCAUCCGUUCGACAAGGUCACUCUAUUAAUUACUGGUGCGUCCGAGGAUACCGACGACGGCACAGGCAGUCAGAUCGAGAGGUAUCGCAGCGUCGUGGACAUACUGCGAGACAGCCUGGACGCUAUGGGAGAAGGCUGCGGGAACGACUGGCUCAUGUUCCAAAACGCGCUAGACUGGGACGCCAUCUGCGAAGAAGAAUAUGAAGAUCCACCCGCUCGCUUUUUCAACAAGUAUGACGAAUACGACUCUACACCAAAGCGAAAGUGGUACAAAACGGCAGAGCUCUUUCGCUUUGCGCGAGUACAGCACGUGCGACUGGGCGAUAGAGGCUCAAGGAAAUAUAUCGAGAAACAAGCUCUUCGCGACUACAUCAGAAGGGGCCAACGUAUCCAGACCAAGCAGAUCAACUUCGCCUGGAACUUCCUCCCUAGUACCACACCCGCGCAUAAGAAGCUCAUAGGUAAGAAGCACACUUAUACCGCCGCACACGCCGAAGCGCUCCGCAAGACAGAUAAACUACGUAAGCUCAAGUACGAAAACCAAUGGCCGCACAAGUACGAAGUAGUUGCUGGGGACGGACUGGUAGGCGAGAUGGGCAUUCGUCACCCUAAGCGCUGGAUCCUGGCGAGUAACGAGUACGACGAGUACAAUGGUCUGAUGGGGCGGUCGACUGCGACGGAAGAUGUGGAGAGCAAGGGUAUUGGGAUGCCGCUUUGGAAAGUGAGGAAGCAAAGGGCUAAGAAGGUGAAGGGUGAGGAAGGGAUUGUGGAUAAAGUUCAGGGAGACGUUGAGAACGAGGACAAGAACGAGGACAAGAACGAGGACAAAGACAAGGACGGAUACGAGGAUGGGAUCGACUUCCAGGCUGUGAUUGAGGACAAGAAACAAUUCAGGAUAACCGAUUUCUGGAGGAAGGUAUAGCCUAUCAGGGCGCGAACAUAAGAUGCGUCGAUGGAGUAUGUAUUCAUGGACUCUUAUACUUCUGUUAUAGCAGCAGAAGUGGAGAUAACAUCGAUAAUGUCGAGUAAGCUUUUCGGAUCUGAAGGAAGAGUUAAGAUGAGACCGCCAAGGUGCUGGGGUUCAGAUCUCUACUGAUAUCUUAAUAUCAGCAUCAAUAAAGCCAUCAAACAUGUGACCUCUCUAAUCCUAGCCCCAAAAACAACGCUGACGUGAUGUUCCUGU